AUGUCUGCGGGAUCGGAGUUUCAGCCUUUGGAGAACCACCGGCUCAGCCCAGAAAAGGCUGCCGAAGAGGAAAAGAUCUUUGAGACUCGCCAGGCUACUCCAUCCGCACCCCAGCACUUCCUGCCUAUUUUACUCAUGGGGAAACUGAGGCACGAGAAGGAAAGGACAUGCCCAACCAUGCUGCUGGGCAGCCUCCUUCUCAUGGUGGCCACCGUGGCUGUGGCCCAGCAGAAGGUCGAGCAAGCAGCCGGGUUCCGCCACACAUACCGGAUCCAGCAAGGCCAGUGCAACUACAUCUUCUUGUUGCCGGAGCCUGAGCUCUGCCUGCAGGAGCCGGGCAACAGCCUCCAGAGGGACACCCCAACCCGGGCGGGCCACCUGGGGGAGUGGCCGAGCCAGCGGGUGCGGCAGCUGGAGAAGGCGCUGGAGAACAGCACGCAGAGGCUGCAGAAGCUAGAGAGGUACAUCCUGAUGAACCUGAAGUCGGAGUUGGUGCAAACCCAGCGGAAUGCAGUCCAGAACCAGACCUCCCCCGUGCUUGAGCUGGGCACCAGCCUCUUGAACGAGACCCUCAAGCUGACCAACAGGAAGACUCAGACAUCACACCAGACCGUCAACCAGACAUCACGCAUGGAGAGCCAGAUGGAGGAGACAUUGCUGUCUCAAGACCAACUGGAGAAGCAACUGCUGCUCCACAGCCAUGAGCUCCACCGACUGCAGGGACACAACAGCGCGCUGGAAACGCGGAUCCAGGCCCUGGAGACUCAGCAACAGGCAGAGCUGGUCGCCCUCCAGAGCGAGAAGGAGCAGCUGCAGCGCCUGCUCAGCCGCCACAGUGGGACCCUCGACGGCGUGGAGCGCACCCUGCGCGCCGCCAGCACCAACUCCACGCUCCUGCAGAACCAGCAGCGCCAGCUCUUGGAGUCAGUGCAGAGACUCAUGCGCGCCUUCGCCCAGCAGCCCGUGUCGCUGGUGACCCCUGCGAAGGCAGCGGAGCCAGUGUUCCAGGACUGUGCUGAGAUCCAGCGCUCUGGGAUCAAAAUCAGCGGCAUCUACACCAUCCGCGUGCCCAACAUGACGGAGCCCAGGAAGGUAUUCUGCGACAUGGAGACCAAAGGAGGCGGAUGGACCCUCAUCCAGCGCCGUGAGAAUGGUGUUGAGACUUUCCAGAGGAAUUGGCAAGAUUACAAACAGGGUUUUGGCAGGCCAGCCGGGGAGCACUGGCUGGGCAAUGAGGUGAUACAUCAGCUCACCAGCAGGGCAGCCUAUUCUCUGUACGUGGAGCUGAAGGACUGGGAAGGCAACACGGCCUAUGCCCAGUACAAGACUUUCCGUGUGGGCAGUGAGGAGCAGCUGUACAGGCUUUUCCUGAGCGGCUUGAAUGGUACGGCAGGACGCCAGAGCGGCCUGUUCAUGCAGGGCGUCAACUUCAGCACCCGAGAUGCUGACAAUGACAUCUGUCACUGCCACUGCGCCCAGUUACUGUCCGGAGGAUGGUGGUUUGAUGCCUGCGGCGGCUCCAACCUCAAUGGCGUCUACUACACCUUCAACUACCACUUGAACAAGCUCAAUGGCAUCCGCUGGCAGUACUACAAGGGCCCCAGCUACUCGCUGCGUGCCACGCGCAUGAUGAUACGGCCUGUGGGGGUCUAG